CCCCACCCCCUUUCCCCGUUGCCGCAGCCGCUGCCGGCGGAUGUAGAACGCGCCUGCGCAGCCGGCGGUCCUCCCAGACUGGACCUCCCGCUAUCCCGUCGUGCCGUGCUUUCUUCCGGGGACAUUGGAGGUGAUGGCGGCUGCGGCGGUGAUGAUGAUGUGGAGAAGGCAGCAGCGGCAGCUGGUGGUGGCGGCCGCCUUCCUGGCGGCGGUGUCGGUCUGUCUGUCGGCCGCGGAUACAUGCACAGAACCGAUGAUUGCCCCCUCGUAUUACACUACCUCGGACGCCGUCAUCUCCUCGGAGACCGUCUUCAUUGUGGAAAUCUCCCUGACCUGUAAGAACGGAGCACAGAACGUGGCGCUGUACGCAGACGUCAACGGCAAACAGUUCCCAGUCACGCGAGGCCAGGACAUCGGCCGCUACCAGGUUUCCUGGAGUGCCGAGCACAAAGCUGCCAAGUCGGGGACCUACGAGGUGAAGUUUUUUGACGAGGAGUCUUACAGUGCCUUGAGGAAAGCCCAGAGAAGCAAUGAGAAUGUGUCGACCAUCAAGCCCCUCUUCACUGUCAGCGUUGAUCAUCGGGGAGCAUGGAGUGGACCUUGGGUCGCGACGGAAGUGGUUGCCGCGGCGAUGGGUUUGCUGGUCUACUAUCUGGCCUUCAGGGCGAAAAGUACCAUCCAGGCCUGAUGGACAGACCCAGGGAGGGGCCCAGAGCGGUGUGGGGUUGGGGGGUGGGGG